AUGGUCAAAGAGACGACGCAUGAAGAAAGCCUGGUCCUCAACAGAAGUGGGUCGAGAGGUAGCUCGACAGGUGCGUCAGAUCGUGAUGCACCUGCUCCUCAAACUAAACAGCCUGCUCCUCAAACGAAACAGCCUGCUCCUCAAACGAAAAAGCCUUCUCCUCAAAAGAAACAGCCUUCUCCUCUGCCCAAAGAGAGAUUGUUGCCGGAGGAUACAGCAGAUGAGGCGAUCUCGGUAUAUAAGAUCUUGCCGGAGGAUAAAGCAGAUGGUGUCACCUCCAAAGAGAUUGUUCCUCUCACUUCCACUGACCAACCGAGCUUCGCUUCCAACGAUCAACAACCGAGCUUCGCUUCCACCGAUCCAAGCGUUCCAGUUUCAGAACCGAGCCUGGUUGUAUUGGACCAAACAGCUCCCACUGCUUCUGUGCGUGCAAGGAGUGAACGAACGAAGAAACCUGCUCCCACGCAGAUAUCUCCUUAUACGGCAGAGAGAAGGAAACUCCUUAGAGUGGGAAAGUAUAAUCCAUUUCCCACACUAAACAGACCUAAGAUGAAGGAGCUCGCUGAUUGGUUGAAAACUGAUCCUGAUUAUUUCACUAAGGAAGAGGACAAACCACGUACAUCACCAACUUGGUGGUAUCAAAAACUCCGGACAUCCAAAGCAUGGCUGGAAGACGUACAUAUAGAUGCUUGGAUGAAUGUGCUGAGGCAGAGGUAUAAGGAGAACCCACAAUGUUUCCGGAGCGAGCGAAUGUGCUUCCUGGAUCACAACUUUACCCAGUCUUGGAGAGAACAGUAUCUGGUCUUCAAAGCAUCGUCGUCUGAUCACAAUGGUUUAGGAAAAAUGCUACCUAGUGGGGCGGCGAGUUUGUAUGACGGAUCAAUGCCUUCAUUUUGCCAAUCAAACAAGAAGUGGGGGGAGGACAUUGAUGAUAUCUAUGCGCCACUGAACUUGGACAACAAACAUUGGGUGGCUAUUUGGAUAUCGAUCCCUAAGAGGCACAUAGUCGUCUGGGACAGCAUACCUUCAACUACCAUACCAGAAAGAUGGGAUGAGAUAAUGGAGCCUUUUCUCGAGAUGGUCCCUUAUCUGAUUGUGGAGUGCGGAGACCAGAUGCAUGGGUUGGAGCGAUACACAUAUGAGAGACUGCUGAAAGAUGUACCCACGGCCAACAAUGGUUAUUGUGGCGUGUACGCUGCAAAGUACAUUGAAUGUCAUGCUCUUGGGGUCCCCUUUAGCCCUAAAGACUUUGCUAGGUCCAAUGCGAAGACUAUGAGGGAUAAUAUGGCUUUGGUUAUAUGGACGGAGCUUGUUGAUCAGCAUCUGAAAGAUAAUGAGGAUGGUGGUAUGUUUGUGGGCAUGUAUGAUUAGAUACACAAAUCAAUUUGUAUGUCUUG